AAAAAAAAAACCCAUCCAAUACACCUUUUAACCUACUUUACAACGCACAAUUGCGUUCGCGUAAACAAACCCAUCUCGCCGUCAUGUUCGCCAAGAAGAAGAAGAAACCCCAGAUAUCCCAGCCGACGAACUUCGAGCACCGAGUCCACACGGGCUACGACAAGAACGAGGGCAAAUACGUGGGCCUCCCGUUGCAAUGGGCCUCCAUCGUCGGCAACAAUCAAAUACUGAAAUCCACCAACAGGCCGCUGCCUCUGGUCGAUCCGUCCGAGAUCACCCCCACCGAGAUACUCGAUUUGAAGACCAUCGUGCGGGGCGAUCACAAGCACGAAACCAAAACCGGCGCGCCCCAAGUGAAAACCAACGGCAACGCCUCGCACAUCGUCCUACCGAAAACGUCGAACGUCGCCCGGUCUAAUUCCCUGCGGUCGUCCAGCCCGCCCAGGUUACGCAGAGACCACCGCAACAAUUCCAACAUACCCCCUUCGGUGCCCGAGGAACAAAUCGUCCAAUACACCUCGAUGCGAAGGGACCCUCGCAUAAGUAAACAGCGAGAUUCUCCGGCCGACAUCGAACCGCCUACUUCCUAUCUAAACGGCAACGUAACCGACCAAUACGUGGGCUUCCAUCCGAGGGACCAUCCGCCGGUAUCGCCUGCGGGUUCCGUCAUGUCGAGCGGCCCCCCGCCGAUGGUACCGCUCGCUCAUCUACCCCCGCACGCCCAAACCGCGAGCCACACGGGUUCGCACCAGAGCCUCCAUCAGUACCCGCCGCCACCGCGUCACGACCAGAACCAGAACCUCAAGAACGGAUUGCAGCCGAUGGUGCACACGCCGCCGAGCGCCGCCGGCCAGGUUUCCACCAGCAAACACCACGAACAGAGGCUCACCCACGAACAAUUCAGGGCGGCCCUGCAGAUGGUGGUGUCGUCGAAGGAUCCGCGCGAGAACCUCGAGCGGUUCAUCAAAAUCGGCGAAGGUUCGACGGGUACGGUGUGCAUAGCCCACGACAAGACCACCGGUCGACAGGUGGCCGUCAAGAAGAUGGACCUGAGGAAGCAGCAGCGCAGAGAGUUGUUGUUCAACGAGGUGGUCAUCAUGCGGGACUAUCAUCAUCCCAACAUCGUCGAAAUGUUCGACAGCUAUUUGGUCAACGACGAAUUGUGGGUCGUCAUGGAGUUUCUCGAAGGUGGCGCCCUGACCGACAUCGUGACGCAUUCGAGAAUGGACGAAGAACAAAUAGCGACGGUGUGCAAGCAAUGUUUGAAGGCGUUGGCCUAUUUGCAUUCGCAGGGCGUCAUUCACAGAGACAUCAAAUCGGAUUCGAUACUUUUGGCGUUGGACGGAAGAGUGAAAUUGUCGGAUUUCGGUUUUUGCGCUCAGGUGUCCCAAGAGUUACCGAAGCGCAAGUCAUUGGUCGGUACGCCGUAUUGGAUGUCGCCGGAGGUAAUAUCGAGAUUACCGUACGGUCCGGAAGUGGAUAUUUGGUCAUUGGGAAUAAUGGUGAUUGAAAUGGUCGACGGUGAACCGCCGUUGUUCAACGAGCCCCCCUUACAGGCUAUGCGUAGGAUAAGAGAAAUGCCGCCGCCUAAAUUGAAAAAUUCACACAAGGUGUCGCCGAGAUUGCAAUCGUUUUUGGAUCGCAUGCUGGUGAGAGAUCCGAUCCAAAGGGCGACGGCUCAGGAAUUGCUGGCUCAUCCGUUUUUGAGACAAGCCGGCCCGCCGGCGUUGCUCGUUCCGCUCAUGAGAGGCAUCAAAAAUUCGGGUUAUUCGUAAGGAGAAAAAAAAAUACCUCACACUUUUGCGCGCUUUAUCGUGUGUUAAUUGGGAUUUCGAGAUUAUUAGAUGAAUGUAGCCGCGGUUUACGAUCUGAUAUUUGUAAUAUUGGUUUGUAUACAGCGACCCAUUUUAACCUUAAACAUGACUUUAAAGACGAAUUGACAGUUUUACAUUGUUGUUAUGGAGUAACUAAGGAGAUUAUUUUAAAUUGACAGUUUUACAUUGGUUGUUAUGGAGUAACUAAGGACUUUGUUUACGUCAAAGUGGCCCUCUAAAGCCAUGUUGAAGUUUAAAAUGGGGGCGUUGAAUACGGGACGUUGUGUAUAAUAUAUUUAGUUGAUAAUUGGAAUCCCAAUUUACAAUGCAAUUUGUUUAUACAGGAUGUUUUGUGACUACAUGUACGAAUAGAAGAGUUUGUUGUCAUUUAACGAAUCGAACAUAGUGGCCAUUGUAUCUCUACAUACAUUUUUUUUAUUAUUUUAAUUCGACUUGAAAUAUUAUACCUCCGGUGCGAUUUCGGAUUAUUUUUUCGUUUGCAUAUAAUGUACAUUUAAUUAGUGAAUAAUGUUAAUUUUAGUUUAGUAUGACGUUUUCGGCUUCUUUAUUGCUUAUUUAUUCAUCAGUUUGAAGAUUCCAUUUUGAAUUGUGUACUUAUCUAUUUAGAUUUUGAAUGUUUUUAUGUAAAAGCGGAGCAAUAAUUUUAUUUUAAUUGAUCGAUUGAUAUUAAAUAGUACACGUAAUUAAUAAUGCAGUUGUUUAUAAUGGGUGUUAUUAAGAGGAUAUUAUUAAGGCACUUUCUACAUUUUGUGAUGUUUUAGAUCUGCUAAUUUUAUUUAUUCUUAAAUGUAAACUUAGUGUUUAGCUAGUGUUAGAUUACUUUGAAGUGCUUUUUCUUUUGUAUUUUUCGACGAGCAGUAUUAUAAAAUUGUGUUUUUUUAACUCAUAACCGUCCAAAAAUAGUGCCUUUUUCAAAACGUUACGAACAAAAAACGUUUAAUUUGUUUAUCACGUUCACAUUCCGUGUAUCAAUUUUAUUAUACUCUUACUUUUCUAAUUAUUUAAUUAAUCCUUUAGCAUAUCUAUAUUUGUACGAUUGUUUUUAUUAUAUUUCUUAUAUUCUAGGACAGAUUAGGUUAAGAAAACUGUUGAAAAUUUUCAUACACAUCAUUUAUUGAUUGUAAGUUUAGGUGUAAUAAGUAUUAUAUUUUUGAUUUCCAUUUAUUUAAAAUUAAGUUUUUAUUUUGUUGAAUUUUGUCCUAGAUCUUUAAUUGCAGCUAUUUUGACCUGAAUAUAUAUUUUUGUUGAUGUAUUUAUGAUAUAUACAACUUGUAAAGCAGCGUCAUAAUACACUAUAUAUUUUAUUAA